AUGACCACCCUACCGCUCGCUCGAAAAGCUGAAGGUGCGAACGAGCCCUGCCAGUACUGCCUCAACCUGUCCCGCGAGGAGUUCGUUAGGAGAGGCUUCGAAUAUCGAACGUUCAAGUUCGACAUGGCCAGUGUUACGCGAGGCGAUCAGACACACCAAUGUCUCCCCAGCUCGAUAAAGGCUUCAAAGCAUAUCCGCUCGCUCUGGCAAGACCCCGAGGAAGCGGAGGUGCUGAAAGGCUGGCUGUCACGACCCCGUGCUCUUCAAUAUGAAAAGCUCCCCACUCGGGUACUCGAUGUAGGCGUCGGUCCAGAUAUGGAUGACACUGUCCGUCUGCAUCAGAGCUCUGCGAAGGGAGAAGCAUUGUACGCUGCGUUAAGCCACUGCUGGCUUCGAGGCGAUAUUGAAGCGACCAAGACGACAAGCCGCAACUUCCGAAGCCGAUUAGACGGCUUCUCAGUUUUCGAUCUACCCGACACUUUCCAAGAAGCUAUCGCUUUCUGUCGAAAGAUUGGCUUGCAGUACAUCUGGAUUGACUCGCUGUGCAUUGUCCAAGACGAUCCCGCUGACUGGAAACGAGAGGCCAGUGCUAUGGACCAAGUCUAUGCGAACGCUUGGUUCACGAUUGCCAUGCAUCACUCCAGCAAUGGCAGUAUGCCAUAUAAAAGCCUGAGCCUGGUCAUUGGAGAACAAGUGGUUGCGGUCCACGUCCGGCGUAUCCCGGAAAUGGAAGAUCUGGUACACGGUCAAGCUCGCUCGCCAGCAAUAGGUCCCACCCAUCAGCUAGCCGACAGUAAUCACUGGGAUUCCGUAGUACAGCGAGGCUGGUGUUUCCAAGAACGAGCCCUGUCCAGCCGCAUGAUCCAUUUCACAGAGCACGAAUUCCUCUAUGAAGCCAGGGGAGCUUUGACCAAAUGCCAGUGCCGGCGCCACUGGCACUUUGGCGUUGGCCUUGCAGGAUCUGUUACAGCGUUUGUCAAGCGACGGCCGCACGAUAUGGACGGUGUCUACCGUGUCUGGAAUGACCUGGCUCAGCAGUACACCUCUCGAAUGUUCGGUCACAGAUCCGAUCUUCUACCUGGCUUCGCAGGCGUCGCAAAACUGGUCGGGAAAACAUGCGCACAAGGGAACUACAUCGCCGGCCUAUGGGAGAAGGACUUGAUAAAGUGGUUAUGUUGGCGCAGCCGCGAAUGGCAGUCAUCGCGCGCCAGCGCCUGGGCAUGCGAAAAUUGCCGACCUCAUCCUCGACGUAUCUGGUGGACUGCGCACGACCCGAUCCCGAGCUGGUCAUGGGCCUCCCGUCUCGGACCUUGCGAAUUCGUCUUCGAGUCGUGGAAAAUGACCUCUUGGACCGAAGUAGCUUUCAUCGAGCGCGUGGAAUGCCGCAUGGAUAGCGGGAACCCGUACCUCCGUGUAGCAUCCCUACAACCUGAGGACUGGCCAGAGGAUCCUUGUGCGCGAUAUCUCCGUAUCCGAGGCUCGCUGUAUCCAUGCCGGAAUUUCACUAACAGCACCCCAGAGCACGGCUUCGUCUCGGAGGGAGGAAUGUGCAAGAAGGAGUACGGAGUCGUUGUCCCGGACCACUAUGCCCGGACCUGGGACCUCACACGCCCAAUUCUUGAACUCCUCGUCGACGCUCGCAAGGUUGGGGUAGAGUACUGUGUAGACGCAGGUGACGAUUUGCCCCCAAAUGCCAGCCAGAUCUAUCUCCUACCGCUGUAUGAGUGUCCGGAUUCCAUGUCGAAGACGUGUCUGAUUCUAAGGGCUUGCACGGAGAAGUUGACCGCCGAGGCGCUUGACACGGAUGAGGAAGGCGAGGGAAAGUGGUGGUUGGAGAGAAUUGGGAUUUCGGUGCUGGACGGGCAGAGGUUUGGUGUGAUGCAGCAUCAGGAGCUGCAGAAUCAGGUCAUUCAUCUAAUGUAG